UUCAGACCGUUACUCAAAAGAUGCAGGAAGAACAAAGAGAUCAAAAAUCUUCAUUAUCAGCUCAAAUUGAUGCUGCACUAAAUGCUGGGGAUACCAGCGACAAUUCAAAUCAAGAAGAAAUUGUAGUUAGAAAGGAUGAUUCUGCUAUUCGAAAAGAUACUGGAGCUGAUGUUAAGGCUCAAAUUGGAGCGAUGUUGUCAAAUGAAGGUUGUCCAGUGACUGUGGAAAUUAUAUCGGUACGACAUGGGGACAAUGUGGAUGUUGAGCACGAUUAUGGAGAUGAGAGAGACGAUGAAUUGACUUUUGAUACCUCCCAUGAAGGGGCUGAAUACGAAACAGUAAGAACUUCAACAUCCAGAAACAAGCCUAUAAUACACCACAACAAUAUUCCUUACUUAUUUCAUCAGCUAAGCAAAAAUGGUUUGGUUAAAUUUUGGCGUUGUGAAUCUUUUAGCGGACCUGAAAUUAAAUGCAAAGCUCGUAUUCAUACGGAUUUGGAUGAUGUGGUUAUUAAAGAAAUUGGAAGUCACAGUUGCGUGAAAGGAAAACGGGAUGCUGCUAAAUUUGGCACUCCAAAGGAUGAGGGUUCAACCUCAGUUGAUAGAACAUUGCGGAGUGCAACUAAGCCAAAAAUUGAACCUAAAAUUAAUGUUGAUGAUUUUGUGUCUUCUCCUGAACCUCCAAAAAAACGUUCUCGUCCUAAAGCAAACCUUCCACCUUCUGGUCCAGACGAUGUGAGGGGUUUGGAAAUUCCUAAUGGCUAUAAAAUUUAUGUGCGUCCAAAGGAAGGUGGGGCAGAAGGAGAAGUUGAGGAAGAACAAUUUUUGUUGGCUGAUUCGGGUGUUUAUGAAGAAAAUGGGGAUCAACGGUUAUUUUUGUUAAAUUUGAUUUUGAUGAGAUUUUAAAAUUAGGGGUAUAUUUUUAAGUUAAUUAGGUGCCCAAAAUGAUGGGAUUUCAAUGGGCUUGUCAUAGAAACGUGAUUUUUUUAUUUUCUUCGUCUGUGCUAUUUUCUUUUAUUUUUUGUUCGGGGUAUUUUCUGGGGUUCUUUUGAUAUAUUUUUAAGUCUCUUUUGGGCCUUGACCAUCCCAGAAAUUUUUCUCAAAAUUAAAAAAAAUUCUGGAAUAGCCUUCACCAAAUAAUUCGCCUCUAAUUUAAAGGAUUUUAAUAUUUGCCUGUGCCUCUACAGCUGGAUGGAUAGAUCAAGUCCAACAAAUUUUUGUGGAUGGAACAAUUCCUGUUGCGCCGGUCUUAUUUGAUCAGCUUUAUUUGAUUAUGGCUAGGUUAUUAAAUUUUCUUAUUUCUUUUAAUGCUUUCAAAAGUCCGCAAGUCAUACUAUAAUAUUUUUUGAAAAGUAGCGAUUUGAAAAGCUUUUUAAUGGCACCAAAAUUUGG